AUGGCUAUGAAGGUUCUGGGUAAGGAUACAGCGGGACAGGAGCGGUAUAGAACUAUUACAACAGCUUACUAUAGAGGAGCCAUGGGCUUCAUCCUCAUGUACGACAUCACAAAUGAAGAGUCCUUCAAUGCAGUGCAGGACUGGGCAACACAGAUUAAGACCUAUUCAUGGGAUAACGCUCAGGUGAUAUUAGUGGGGAACAAAUGUGACAUGGAUGAGGAAAGGGUGGUGCUUUUUGAAAAGGGGAAACACUUGGCCGACCAGUUAGGGUUUGAGUACUACGAAGCCAGCGCCAAGGAGAACAUCAACGUCAGACAAGUAUUUGAGCGCUUAGUUGACAUUAUCUGUGUGAAGAUGUCCGAGAGAGUCGAUACGGAUCCACCCAUGGUCACCGGUGCCAAAACCACCCGGCUAACCGAUAAGCCGCCCCAGCUACCUCAGAAUUGUUGCUGAUUUCCAUCUCGACUCAUAUGCCAACGUAUCAGCAGCAGAUCCGAUGUUGUUUGGUUUGAUCUUAUGUUAUAUGGCGAUUGGAACCAAUCUGGGGUGCGUUUCAUAGUAUGAUACAUCGUUAGAAAAAUUAACUAGCUAGUUACGACUGUUUCUGGAAAUCGUAGUAACAUGGUCGCACCUUCAUCGUUUAAACAUGUUGGUCCAACAAAAUAGAAUUGUCGUUAAUGACGUCGCACACAGGCAUUGGAGUAAAAACUUCUGAUAAAUAAUCGAUUCGUUCAUUUACUCAAACAACAGAACGCUGUUCAUUUUUUAAAAUCACGUUAACAUGUAGUAUGUAAUUGGUGUACACUUUACAUUUGGUUGUUUCAAUACACAUCUUCUCUACAACGUUAUUUCUAACUUCGACGAAUGUAGCAUCUAAGGAUUGCUUAACUAUUUUAUUCCCCUUGGUUUUCUUUAUUUGAUGUACGAUUCAUCACAUGUUCCUUUUCCGUCACACUCCAGGGUUCCCAUAUGCAGUUACACACAUGCGCACUCUUCAAAAACGCUGCUCAUUGUAGACACGCUAAAAUACAUAUAAAACAAUGUAUAUUUAGACGGCAUGCUAACAAGAAACUAUGCUUCUAACCACAGACCAAAAGUAGUAGUUCCUACCACGCAAUUUUGCGAAUGUUCCUUGGAACUAUGGUUUCGGGAAACAUUGAAUCAUUGUAGAUCGCGACAGAACUUGCGACCAUAGUUGGCUAACGAUGCGGGAAACGCACCCUUGUUUGUUUGUAGCUGUCAAACACAUGAAGUAGUUCAGUAAUAAUAGUACACUUCUAACUUAAUCAGUCCAUAGGAAACUCAAAGCAGGGACUAGAGCAAAGCACAAAAACUAUUACUUGGCUCUCAGAACUUAAGUGUUCACUGUUGAAACUAGAUUUAAAACACAAUCCGUUGCGGCACAAUCUUGCUAAUCUUAUGAAUUAUAUAUUGAGUGUAGUAUAUGAGUACAUUUAAGGGAAUAGUGCACCCAAAAAAAAAAAUUGUCAUCAUUUGCUCAUCCUCAAGUUGUACCACAUUUUUAUGAGUUUCUUUUUUCUGUUAAACACAAAAUAAGAUAUUCUGAAGAAUGUUGUUAA